AUGACUAACCUUUUCUCCAGAACCUUCCAUUGUCUCUGGUUUCCAUCCACCAUUCUUCCUCCUAAACCACCUUUCAAAAAUCUUCCAUUUCCAUCUUCAAUUCAUCUUCCCAAACGCUUCAUCUUCACCUCUACUCGCCACACUAAUGUUCUUCUUCCCAGUUCAGCUUCAUCCUCAACCUCAUCUCCUCAUCAACAUGAACCGGUUGAACUCAUCUCCUCAACUCAAUGUUCGGAUGGAAGUAUUGUGUUUACAUUUGGAAAUGCUAGUGAGAUUAGAGAAAUGGUAGAUGAAUUAAACAAGAAGAAACUUGUUCCUGAGGGUGUCAUUGAGGAAGGAGGUGUUGGUGUUUUGCUGAGUGAUGAUGGUGUUGAAAAGUUGAUAAAUGAGGAUGAUGGUAACUUACGAGAAGAAAUUGAAUCAUCUUUGACUGUAGUAGUUGCUGAUGCUGAUCAAAAUCCUCAGCUUCUCACUAGUGAAGACGAAAGUAGUGUUGUUCCUGAGAGUGAGACAUCUGUGAUCAAUGAUUUGCAAAAAUGUUAUUCAGUUGAGGAUGGUAAUGAUGGUUAUCAUGCGAUUUGUAGCGAAGAUGUUGCUGAGCCUAAUGGUUUUCCGAGUGUGUCUAAGGAAGAUUCUCGAGUUGAUAGUCUUGAUGAAGUUGGUGUUUUGAUAGUUUCUCCAGCAGAGGAAGAUGUUGUUUCUGAUCUGAGUAGUGGUGGUUCUUUGGAAGUUGAAGAGAAAGUUUACAAUGGUGGCGGUGUGGAUAGAGCAGCAGACAGCUCAGCAGAUGGCGUUGAUGCUAGUGACUUGACUGAAUUGGUGCAAGCAUCCACUUCUAUAGAGUCUGAUCAUUCAGUCAACGGAACAACAAGCAACUUGAGGGGUAGUGUUGAUGCUGACAUAAGAGAAUUGGAAACAGUAUCCACUUCUUUAGAGUCGGUGCAAGAUGAUUAUAGUUCGACAAACAAUCUGAGUGGGAGUGUUGAUGCCAAAACAAAUGAAUUGGUGCCGGUAUCAACUGCUUCAGAGUCUGCGCAAGAUGAUUAUAGUCCAGCAGUCAAUCUGACUGACAGUAUUGAUACUGAAACAAAUGAGUUGGUGCCGGUAUCAACUUCUUCAAAGUCUGCACAAGAUGGUUAUAGUGCAACAGACAAUCUGACUGGCAGUGUUGACACCGAAACAAAUGAAUUUGUGCCGGUAUCAACUUCUUCAGAGAUUGUGCAAGAUAAUUAUAAUGCAACAGACAAUCUGACUGGCAGUGUUGAUGCUGAAACAAAUGAAUUGGUGCCGGUAUCAAUUUCUUCAGAGUUUGUACAAGAUGAUUAUAGUGCAAUGGACAUUCUGACUGUCCGUGUUGAUGCUGAAACAAGUGAAUUGGUGCCGGUAUCAACUUCUUCAGAGUUUGUGCAAGAUGAUUAUAGUGCAACAGAAAAUCUGAAAGGCAGUGUUGAAACCGAAACAAAUGAGUUGGUGCCAGUAUCAACUUCUUCGAAGUCUGUGCAGGCGGAUACUCUGACUGGCCGUGUUGAUGCUGAAACAUGUGAAUUGGUGCCAGUAUCCACUUCAGAGUUGGAACAAGUUGGUUAUAGUGCAGCAGGCAUUCUGACUGGCAGUAUCGGUGCUGACAUAAGUGAACCGGAACCAGUAUCCACUUCUUUAGAGUCUACGCAAAAUGAUUAUAGUGCAACAGACAAUCUAACUGGCAGUGUUGAGGAAGACAUAACUGAAUUCGUGCCAGUAUUAACUUCAGAGUCUGAAAAUGUUGGUUAUAGGGCAACAGACAAUCUGACUGGGAGUGUCAAUGCUGAAACGAAUGAGUUGGUGUCAGUAUCCACUACCUUAGAGUCUGAACAAGUUGGUUAUAGUGCAACAGACAAUCUGACCGGGAGUGUCGAUGCCGAAACUAAUGAGUGGGUGUCGGUAUCCACUACCUUAGAGUCUGAACAAGUUGGUUAUAGUGCAACAGACAAACUGACUGGCAGUGUUGAUGCCACAAUAAGUGAAUUGGUUCCCGUGUCCCCUUCCUUAGAGUCUGAACAAGUUGAUUAUAGGGGAGCAGACAACCUGACUUAUAGUGUUGAUGACAGCAUAAUAAGUGAAUUGGUGCCGGUGCCAGUGUCGGCUUCUUUAGACUCUGAACAGUCUGUUGAUAGAGAAACAACCCACCCGGCUGAUGGUGUUGUUGCCGACAUUAGUGAGUUGGUGCCCAUGUCCACUUCUCUAGAGGCUGAACAAGUUGAGUAUAGUGCAACAGAUAACUUGACUGACCAUGUUGAUGACGGCAUAAUAAGGGAGUUGGUGCCAGUACCGAAUUCUUUAGACUCUGAACAGUUUGUUAAUAGAGAAACAACUCACACGACUGAUGGUGUUGAUGCCAAGUUAAGUGAGUCAGUGCCAUUAUCCACUUCUUUAGAGGCUGACCAAGUUGAAACAGGCAGCCUGACCUCCAGGGUGGAUACCGAGUUAAAUGCAUUGGCACCAAUAUCCACUUCUUUAGAGCCUGAACAAGUUGAUUAUAGUGCAGCAGGCAAUUUGAUUGAUGAUGUUGAUGACGUCAUAAUAAGUGAGUUGGUGCCAUUACCGAAUUCUUUAGACUCUGAACAAUCUGUUAAUAGAGAAACGACCCACCUGACUGAUGGUAUUGAUGCCGAGUCUAGCAAGUCAGUGCCGUUAUCCAAUUCUUUAGAGGCUGAACAAGUUGAGUAUAGUGAAGCAAACAACCUGACCUCCGGCGUUGAUACCAAUCUAAAUGCAUUGGUGCCAAUAUUCACUUCUUUAGAGCCUGAACAACUUGAUUAUAGGGCAACAGACAACUUCACUGGUGGUGUUGAUAAUGACUUAACCAAAUUGGCACCAGUGUCUACUUCUUUGGGGUCUGAACUUCAUGCUAAUUAUGACGAAACAAGCCUCCACAACGUGGAUGACUCAGUUGAUGCAAGUGAAAUGGAAAACUUAGCAUUGCUGGAUGAAUCGGUUCCAUCCUCAGACUUGGAAAACAAAAUAGACGUCAGCAAUACCGAAAGAAGUGAUUAUGAAAAUCCAUUAUUUAAUACUUUACCAGAGAUACAUUCAGUUGAGAUACCUAGUGAUGGGGAAAAAAUUACAAGAACGGAGCUUUUCCUAGUUUCUGGUGCUGCUUGCUUGCCUCAUCCCUCCGAGGCACUGACAAAUCGAGAAGAUGCUUAUAUUAUUUCUCCCCAAAACUGGCUAGUUGUGGCUGAUGGAGUUGGCCAGUGGUCACUUGAAGGGAGUAAUACCAGAGUGUAUAUCAGGGAGCUCAUGGAAAAGUGUGAAAAUAUUGUUUCAAAUUAUGAAAACAUUUCAACCAUAGAACCUGCAGAUGUUCUUAUCAGAAGUGCUGCGGAAACACAAUCUCCAGGGUCAUCUUCGCUUUUAGUUGCUUAUUUUGACGGACAGGUCCUCCAUGCAGCCAAUGUUGGUAACACUGGAUUUAUCAUUAUAAGAGAAGGUUCCGUCUUCAAAACAUCAAAUGCAAUGUUUCACGAGCUCAGUUUUCCAAUACAUUUGGUUAAAGGCGAUGACCACUCAGAAGUCAUAGAAGAAUACAAAAUUGAUCUAAACAACGGCGACGUGAUUGUAUUUGGCACAAAUGGCCUUUUUGACAAUCUUUAUGAGCAUGAAAUAGCAUCAACAAUAUCAAAAGCACUACAAGCUAGCUUGGAACCUCAGGAAAUUGCAGAAAUUUUGGCGACGGCGGCACAAGAGGUUGGAAGAUCAAGUUCCACUGGAAGUCCUUUUGCUGAUGCAGCUCAGGCUUUGGGCUAUGUGAGUUAUGCAGGAGGCAAGCUUGAUGAUGUAACUGUUAUAGUGUCAUUAGUUCAAACUACAUAG